CAGAAGUGAGGAGAAAAGGUGAGAAGAAAUCAGAGAGAGUGAGAUGGAGGGAGAUAAUGGGAAUGGAGAGGAGAUGGUACCGGGGCCUUGCUUGAGUGGGUACGUGGACGACGGCAGCACAGAGAGCCACAGAUACUAUCUGUCACGCAGAACCGUGCUGGAGAUGUUAAGGGACAGAGGCUAUUCCGUUCACCCCUCCGAAAUCGACCUCUCUCUCCAAGACUUCCGAGCCCUUCACGGCCAAACCCCCGACGUUGAUCGCCUUCGCUUCUCCGCCGCUCACCCCUCUGACCCUUCCGACAGGAUUCUGGUCAUCUACUGUGGGCCUGGUAUAGUGAAGGUUAAUGUUAUCCGUGGGCUGCACAGUCAGAUUACUAAUAAAGACACUUUGACUGGGCUCAUAUUAAUUCUUCAAAGCCAAAUAACAAGCCAAGCUCUGAAAACUCUGGAUCUUUAUCCAUUUAAAGUGGAAAUGUUCCAGAUUACUGAUUUGCUUGUUAAUAUAACGAAGCAUGUCUUGAAGCCAAAGCAUCAGGUCUUGACUGAACGAGCAAAACAAAAUCUUCUGAGGAAGUAUAACAUAGAAGAAAAGCAGCUUCCUCGAAUGUCGCAAAAGGAUGCAAUUGCGAAGUAUUAUGGACUUGAAAGGGGUCAAGUGGUGAAAGUUAUCUACUCGCGUGAUAUCACUAAAGCACAUGUUACAUACCGUUGUGUUUGGUGAUGUAUUUUCUGGGUUCUUCUCGAAGGAACAAAUCCUUUCUAGUUUAUGUGUGGUGAUAGUAGACAAUUUCUAUUCAUCAUUUUCUGUCAUGUGGGUGAUAGUAAGUGGUCUCGUAUUAGUUAUCUGUAGUGUAAUGUUAAGUGGUUUUAUGAACUUACAAAAUACUGUUGUAUUGUGAAAUGCUCAUAUCCAUGAGCACCCCAACUGAUCAAUUUCAUGUAGUGAAUUCCCACCAUAAUAGGGACUUGGUUGUGUUCCUUCAA